AUGUUCCAGUUGUUUAAAGCUCCGCCCAUUGCAGUUCGCUUAGAUAGAGAAAAACAGAGAGGAAUCAUCAGACGACAAGAUUAUUGCUUUUUUGGUAUGCUCAAUUCGUCCAUGAUUGAACAACAAUUACCGUAUCUUAUGAGUUUUCCAAUCCAGAUACUUAUUUAUUUUGAGCGAUAUAAUUUGGUCAUAACUCAAUCAUUCCAUUUGGUAUUUACCAAUGGAUAUUUGAAAUACCAGUAA